UGUACAUAAUAACCAACCAUCAGCGCUGCAAAUUGGACUAAUAAUGGUUUACUGUUCAAGAAACACUAUCGUGUGUGCACAUUUGGUAGAGUCCAAUGUCCUCUGCCUAGUGAAUGAAGAGCUGAAGGCCACGGCUUGGUGUAAACAGAAGGAAUCAUGGUUAAUUUUGUAGCACUUGCCCGGGAGCAUUGGGUGAACAUCUUGGUACCCAUGGGCUUUGUGUUUGGAUGGUACCUUGACAAACAGCAGGACCAGAAGCUCACAGCUUUCAGGAACAAAAGUGUUUUGUUCAGCCGGGAGCUGAAGCCUGGGGAGGAGGUGACCUGGAAGUAGACUGUCCCUACCUGGACCGUGUCCAGUCAUCAGUGGUGUGAAUGGCCAUCAAAUCAGAAUAUUUAAGAAGACUCGUAUCUCUGUUUUCGAAUGGAUCAACUAAUAAUUGUUUAAUGUUUUGAGUUGUAUCAACCGAUAAUAAACAUGCCCUUUCACUUCAAAAUCA